ACCAAAGCGGCUCGUUAUUUCUGCCCAACAGCUCCUGUGAAGACAUGCACGGAACCGAGCUUCGGGCUUUCCAGUAGCGGGGACAAAGGCCCAGGACGGGAUAUCGACAGUGUCGGCUGGAUACUGGGUGUUGCCUCGUGCAUUCUCCUCACAGAGCGGCAUGGAGCGCCGCUAAUCCCGGCAGGACGCCUGGAGAGGACAUCCUUCAUUCCCUCGUCAAAUCUUGGAUCUGUUUGGAUAGAGGCCUAACCAUGUCUGCGAGAGAAAAGGGGAUCCUGACCAAAGACAGUGUCAGCUUGCUGCCCUGUUUCUAUUUUGUGGAGUUACCAAUCCUGGUAUCAUCUGUGGUAAGCUUGUACUUCCUUGAGUGGACAGAUGUGUUCAAGCCGGUGAAGUCUGGUUUUAACUGCCAUGACCGCAGCCUGAGUCUGCCAUACAUCGAUCCCAACCAUGAGGUCAUCCCCCUGCUGAUGCUGCUCAGUCUGGCCUUCGCUGGACCUGCCAUCACGAUAAUGAUUGGAGAGGCCAUCCUGUUCUGCUGUCUGUCCCGGAGGAAGAGUGGUGCCGGAGCCGAGGCCAACAUCAACGCUGCCGGCUGCAACUUCAACUCAUUCAUACGCAGAGCAGUCCGCUUUGUUGGAGUUCAUGCAUUUGGUCUUUGUGCCACGGCCCUAAUCACCGACGUUCUCCAGCUGAUGACGGGCUACCCAACACCCUACUUCCUCACUGUAUGCAAACCCAACUACACCACUCUGAACGUCAGCUGUGAACAGAACCCCUACGUCAUGGAGGACAUCUGCUCGGGCGGCGACCCCACCGCCAUCAACCAGGGCAGAAAAUCCUUCCCAUCUCAGCACGCCACCCUAGCAUCCUUUGCAGCAGUCUAUGUUUCGAUGUACUUUAACAGCACACUUACAGACUCGUCCAAGCUGCUCAAGCCCCUGCUGGUCUUCUCCUUCAUCAUCUGUGCCAUCAUCUGCGGUCUGACCAGAAUCAUUCAGUACAAGAACCACGCCAUUGAUGUCUACCUGGGCUUCCUGCUGGGAGGGGCCAUCGCUGUCUACCUGGGGCUUUAUGCAGUCGGAAACUUCCAGCCUAGUGAGGAGGCCAGCAACAGUCCCCUUCCCCAGAUCCACAGGCCACCCUGCUCCUUGCCCCACAUCAGUCAGGAGGCCGUUCUCCACCAUCUGCAGAUGAAGGCCAGCAUGGCUGGGGAGCCAGGCAUUCCCGCCUCCCACUCAGAAGGCCUCCUCCAUCGUGGUCUCCAGCAGCAGAGACCCGGUGAUAGUCUGAAGCGCUCCAGUGCUGACAUGGAGGUUAUCUCCCCCCGCAGCCCACUCAGCAAGGAGCCCAUGGUGACCUUUAGCCACACCCUCCCUCGGGUGCACACCCCCCAAGCCAUGGCUGCAUACGAGGAGGCAGCCAGACGCCAUGCUGCCACCCUCCACCAUGCCUCCAUGGACUCUAGUCGCUCUAAGCAGCUUCUUUCUCAGUGGAAGAGCAAGAAUGACAGCCGCAAAUGCUCCCUGCAGGUACCCGACUCAUUCUCUUCCUCCGUGGACUCCUCAUCUGGUCAAUCCUCCCAGCACCCACACCACCAUGGCAGCAUGGAGCUCCGGUCCAGUUCUGAGCCGACAGCCAUGGGUCUGAAUGGAGGCUUUGAUAGCAGCAGUCAUGCAUACAUGGCCAAACUGGCAACAGGCGCUAGCACUACCCUGCCCAGUAACUGCAGCGGGAUCACCGGAGGAGCCAGGAUAUCCAUGCAGUCCAGACCAGGGUCUUCACAGCUUGUCCACAUACCAGAGGAGGCUCAUGAAAAUUACAACACCUCCCCAAGGACAAUGGGAGGAGGCGAGGGGAUGACUAUUAAUAGUACAGUGCAGGCUAACUGGCAAAGGGCAGCGGAGAAAACUGCAACCUGUAGGACUAAUGACAGUGGACCAAACAGCCAGCCAAGAAUCAUGCAGGUGAUUGCCAUGUCCAAACAGCAGGGCCUACUGCAAACCCACUCCAAGAGCCUAGACGAGAGUAGCAUGGGCUGCAGCACCACUGGGAGCUGCCAAGGCUCUGCUCGCUACAGGGCACUAAAUGAGCAGGAACCUAACAACACCACUGGGCCCAGUUCACUGGGUAGCACCACAGGCAGUAUAUCAGGGAGUACUGGGACAAUUGUCAGAGUAGAGGCCCACCCUGAGAACAACAGGCCUGUGAUCCAAGCCCCAUCCACAGAUGGGAGUGGAGCAUGGAGGUGGCGGUCGCUGGAUCAUGGCACUGGAGCUGGUGGGAGUGCAGCAGGAGCUGGAGGAGGAGGAAGUCUGAGGCAGUCCUUUGAGCUCAAUGAUCUAAACAGAGAUUCAGAAAGCUCGGAGUCAGCACGCGAAGGGUCUAUUGACAGGAAGCGGGCUAAUCACGUCGUUACCACCACUGCCACCGUUAGCACCCCACCCAUCGUUACUGUUCACACCCAGAACACUGGCCAGUCCGAGCAGAGGCUGCACCCCCAGGGCCUCUCUACCAUACGUGUCACUCCAGGGGAUGGCAGUGGUUCUGGAUCUGGAGGAGGAGGAGGAGGAGGUGGGGAAGCAACUUCAGACACCCCUUCAGUAGCAUCCAGCCGUGACUCCACACUGCGGAGAAAAGGGAAUAAUGUAAUCCUGAUCCCAGAGAGAGCUAACAGCCCAGAUAAUACCCGAAAUAUUUUCUACAAGGGGACGUCAAUAGCUCCUGCUUUUAAGGAAUAACAUUAAAAAAAGAAAAGGCUUUUUGGAACAGAAAAAAUGAAGCAGGAUUGUCAGAUUUUCAAAGUACUUUUUUCCCACCAAACAGCAACCCCAUAUCUGUGAAAAGAACCAGUGUUACCGGUCAUUGUAUAUAUCAUUACAAGCCCAAAAGAAAAGGUUUUAUUCAGCAUGAGAUUUUUGUACAUGUUGACACUAAAGCACAACCUUUUACGUGUUGUAUAAUCACUGUGUACUUUUGUGGUCACUCCUAUGGAUACCUAUAUUAGCAUUGAUGCUGUGGCAGUGGUUUGGGUACAGAGUUUGGGUACAUUUUUUAGAGAGUUCUGUACGUUUUGGGUAUAUUUCAUCACAAAAAAGAAAUAAGUGACUAGCACUGAAAAAUCAAAACUGUAGCAAACUAUUGCAAAUUUAUUGUAUCAUAGCUGUGAAACCAAUGUUUACUUCCCUGCAUUGUAAAUACUGUGUACGUUUGAAAAGGGUGCUACACCAGAAAAUACUAUUUAAUAUACAACAUACUGUACAAUUUGAAUAGAUAAAGAAUGAAUUAUUUUACAAAGAGUAAAUGACUAUGACAUUAAUAUGUGACAGAGAUAUGUUUUGUAUUUUGUCUCUUUUCUGUACAGAUACCACAUAAUCAACAGAAAACUGUUUUGAACCAUAAGUGUGCUUAGCAUUCCUUCUGUAGCUAUGAAGUCAAAUAUGCUGUGACUUGCACUGAAAUUAUGCGUUUACUGUACCUUGUCUACUGUAAACUCUGACCUUAUCUUUAUAUUCUGUACACUUGCAUUUGAUUGUCCAUGUGAAUCCCCUUCCUCAUAUUUACAGCACAAAAAAGCAGCAUUAGCAGAUUACUAAUUUUGCUUAUUUAAACCAUAAUGUAGCUAAUACAUUUAUAGAACCCAGUGCAAUAAUUACUCAAAACGUGCCACCUUUACAGGUGCCAAACAUCUAAUAAGUAAUCCUUUUUUCUUUUUUUUUUUUCUUUUUUAGUUUUUUAUGAAACAUUUUAAAUUGUUUUAUGCUUAAAAACUCUGUGGAACACUGUGCUCACCCAGCAGAUUUUACAUGGUUUCAAAUGACAACAAAUCAAAUGAUUCAAAUGAUUCUCAGUUGAUUUGUUGGACAUUUAAAGGUGCUACAUGUAGCAUUUCUAAACAUGAAUAUAUCACUGUCAAAUUAAUUGUAAUGCCUUGGUGUAAUUACUGUAAACAAAUGAGACUUGGUGAGGAUUUGCCCAUGUUUCUCACAGAUGGUCUUGUUAGUGCUCGUGUCUCUCAAAAUUAGGACCUUAUAUCUCAUAAAGCUUGGUGCCUCCUGUCCCUGCUCCCCUCCCUAGUUUUCCAUGAUUUUCUCCUUUUACCAUUGCCCCUGAGAGAGCAGAGAUGCUCCCAUCAAACUGAUUUGAUGCAGUUAUUACAACUUUUUUGAACUGUAAGUAGCUCCAUCCUGUCCACUGUGUGCUACAGUGUACAGUGUAUGCUGAUAUUUUUGACUGUACUGCAUGUGUGUUGACAAAUCCACAAAAAUGAGAUGGCUCUUUCAUCGUAGAACUUCUCAAUUCAUUUAACUUUGACUGUUGUCCCUCUAAAGAUCUGCUCUGCCACUAUGUGAGGAACAGUCACAUGUCAUUGUUCUGCUCCAGCUAGCUGGGUGUACCUAAUUUGUGGUUUCCCUUAACUGUAAGUCAUGGCUAUUGUAGACUCACAGAAUUUGGAUGCAGUAGAAUGGUCAUUGCACUUUUUGCCAUCGUCAUUUGGUUGGUACAAAAUACAGACAAGUAGGGCCGUGAAGUGUUUCACACUAGUUUGAAAACUGCUGAUAUGCUGGCCUGUGGCUGCAGCCUAAAAGCAGAAAUUACUAAAAGUAACACGAUCAUUUGAAUGUGUGUCCUACUGUGUUAUACAAGUGUUUAGGGCAACUCUUACAAAAACUGAAAUCGGACACUAGUGAUGAGGUUAGCAUAACAUUACAUAACAUACAUUUAUCUAAUAUAACCUCUUAAUUCCUACAAGCUCCAGGGCAUACAAACAAAAACUGCUGCCACAUCAACCAUCACGGUUUGUUUAUUUGAAUGGGAAACACCAUAGUUCAUUCACAAUCUGUGGGUAGACCUGCGUGACUGAUUGAGUGAAUGAGGGGGCAGCCAAUCACCGUACUUGUAGCUCUUUUGGCACAGAAAUUGUAUCUUAAGUACCCCCGGUUAACCAGAGUAGUAAAGAGGCAGGACCUUUGGUGUUCACGUACAAAAGAGUUUUCUUUGUUUAUGGAAAAUAUGCUAAUGUUUAAAUUUGUUGUGUUAAUGAUUUAUUGAUUUUAAAAUGUUGCACAUAGGUGGGACACGGGGCUCAGUUGGAGUAAUGCUGAGACAAGAAGCAUAGAAUUGAAAAUUUAAGAAAACCUGUGUUUACACUCUUAGAUUCUCUAUCUAUCUCUAACCUAAUAUUAUUCUUAGUUGUUUAAUUAAACAUCCAUUGGAUGUAAUUGGAAUAAAUUUGAUACUAACAUCAGUGAGCACCAGUAGGCCUAUGAAACUGUAUUAAAACUGUUCUACCAGCAUCACUUCUGAGUUUGAGAAAUAUUUGCCAAAUCAAGUUUUCAUAGAAAAUGGAAAUGAAAGUCCUCAAAUGUAAUUUUUAGUAUGAAUAUAGCAAGCCUGCAUUAUAUUGUACAUUAUUUCUUCUAUACACCCAUAACAUUUGCAUGGCUACUUCUGUAGAGCAAAUCACAAAUUUUUAUUACACACAUGCAUUAACUUGGCAUUUGCCAUAGUAUUUGAUAUUCUUUUGUCUGUGUUCGAUUGUAAGAGAAUUAAUUGUCAAUAAGUGUAUCUACAUACUGUUGCCCCCUCCAGGUUGUAAUCUCAGGCUGGACUUAUUUUAUUACUGAAAUAAAGAUGGUACCCAGCCCACGAUUGGUCACAAUAUGAAUUGUGAACAUAAUAAAAACAUUAUCAAGAUGAGUAAAGAUAGCUGUGAUCGAUGUUGUACAGUUGAUUCAAGCUCUCAAAAAGAUAAAAGGUAAAAGUGAAACAUUUACUUUUGAAAUCACAAAUAAUCCAGUUUCAUUAAAUGUUUUAAGUGUAGUCUGAUUACAUUUGAAGUGUUAAGCUACAGGGUGCUAAAAGGAAAAUGUAAUUUUGAGUAACAGCCUGUUGAAUAGUGUCUGUGAAUAAUUUACCUCCAGUCAUUUUUAUAUGGAUCUAA